AUGGCCAGCGGCAGAGACUCGGACAGCGAGGAGCCGCCGGUGCCCCAGGAGGAAGAGGAGGAGGAGGAGGCGGGCCCGGACGUGAAGGCCGUGCAGGCCCAUUACCUGCGCAGCCCCUCGCCCAGCCGGUAUUCAGUGAUAUCAGACACUGACACAGAGAGCAUCUUCAUGGAGCCAAUCCAUCUGUCAUCUGCUGUGGCUGCCAAACAAAUCAUCAGUGAAGAGCUGAAGACAAAGGAUGUCAGGGUGGACUCGGUGUGUCCCAGGAUGCUGGAGUCUGCGCAGCAGCUGAUGGUGGAAGACCUGUACAACCGAGUUAAGGAGAAGAUUGAUGACACCAGCUUGUUUAACACGCCGUGUGUGAUGGACUUGCAGAGGGCACUCAUGAAGGACAGGCUGGAGACCCCCAGGGAUGCUGUGGAUGAAGUCUGGCCUAAUGUCUUCAUAGCAGAAAAAAGCGUUGCAGUGAACAAAAGCCGUUUGAAGAGACUGGGGAUCACCCAUGUCCUGAAUGCAGCUCAUGGCACAGGUGUCUACACAGGAGCAAGUUUCUACAAUGGUCUCAAUAUCCAGUACCUGGGCAUUGAAGUGGAUGAUUUCCCAGAUGCAGAUAUCUCCAAACACUUCCGCCCAGCUGCAGAGUUCCUUGAUGAAGCCCUGCUGACUUACAGAGGCAGAAUCCUUGUCAGCAGUGAGAUGGGGAUGAGCCGCUCAGCUGUGCUGGUGGCUGCCUACCUGAUGAUCUACCACCACAUGACUGUUCUGGAGGCUCUGAUGACCCUGAGGAAGAAGCGUGCCAUCUACCCCAACGACGGCUUCCUGAAGCAGCUGCGGGAGCUCAACGAGCAGCUCUUGGAGGAGAGGGAGCUGGAGCGUUCUGGAGAUGAGGACGUGACUCCAAGCCAAAGUCCUCUUCCCUGUGCAGGGACUUCUUCACGGCUCUCUGGAGCUGGGGACUCAGGGAGCAUCAAGGGAGCCAAAGCCCACUCCAUCACAGUAGAAGAAGAGGACGCCAGCAGCAUUCUGGGUAGUUUUAUGAGCUCUUCGUCAGUGGAAAAAACUAGCUGGGUUUCCAAACACUCCACCCUGAUCACUGAGGAGGAAGAGGAACAAUUGUAUGAGGAAUGGAGGAAGAAACAAGGCCUGUCUGUAAAGGAAGCAGGAGUUCACCAUGAAAGAAGAACAUCUCCAAAGCAUCUGGAUCAGGAAGAGGAACAAUCUGACGAGGAUGUGGAACGGAGGAUUCACGAUUGGCAGCGCAGAAAUGAGAAAUACCAGAUGGCAGGUACAGCCAAGGAGGAGGAUGGUGAAUGCAGCAUGGGAGGAAGACCUUACCCAUCAGGUGAAUUCAGUGAUGUUGAGAGCGUGAGCAGUUUUGAGAUCCGAACCCUAAAAAAGCAGCUGGAAGCCAGUAGCUUUAGCAGGAUGAGGAGGAGCCGCACAGACUCUGCGUCUUCUGAGAGCACCUGGGACAUGUGGAAUCAGAGGCUUCUGGAGAUUGAGAAAGAAGCUGCUCAGAGGUAUCAUUCUAGGAAUAAGACCUGUGGGGAAAGACAAUCCCCAGAAAUGGGAAGAAAGGAGAGGGAUGUGGAUGAGGAGAGUGUGCUUUCAGACUCCUCCUGUAGCUCCUUCUACAAUUUCUGCCAAAAGAACAAGGACAAGUUGACUCCUCUAGAAAGGUGGAAGGUCAAGAGGAUCCAGUUUGGCUUUCACAAGAAGGAUUUAGAACCAUCAUCUGCCCCAUCUCCAGCAGAGGAUGGCAGCCAGGCAGGUCAGGAGGAAACAGAAGGGAAGAGUUUGUCAGAUAUUGAUCUGACUGCUUACCAGGCUUGGAAAAUGAAGCGGCAGAAGAAGGUGGGCAGUGAAAGCAGCAAGGAGGAAUUUGUGGAAUUUGCCAAAACUGAGGAUUCUGCUUCAGCUAAAAAGAGGCAGAGGCGUGUAGAGCUCCUUGAACGUUCAAAGAAAAUUUUAGAAGAAAGCCAGUCCAUGUGCAGCUGGGAGACAGAGAGUACAAUGAGUGGGAGUAUUCCCCUGUCAGCUUUCUGGUCUUCAGCGCCUUCUGCAAGUGGUGCCGACGAUGCAGCUUCUGCCCUGAGCAUGCAGACAAAUCAUUCAUCUUUGUCACAGGCCAGGAGUUGUACUGGAGCAACGCAGAUGCCAAAUAUACCCCUUCCCAACCUCCCAGUUGGCCCAGGUGACACAAUAUCCAUGGCAAGCAUUCAGAACUGGAUCGCUAACGUGGUCAGUGAAACCAUUGCUCAAAAGCAGAAUGAGAUCCUGAUGCUGUCCCGUCCAUCGUCCGCCAUGGCCUCCCUGUCAGGAGACCUUGGCAGGCGAGCAGAUGAUGACAAAGUUUCUCUUCUCAGUGCUCAGAAUGGCUCAUCCCUGGCUGCCUCUCAGCUCCACCAGCAGGACCUGCGCAGGGCUGAGUCUCAGUCUGUGCUGUCCUGCAACACCUCCGUGAGCGCAAGGACAGAAGGGACUGCUUCAAACAUGAAGAUGACCCAGACAAGCAAACCACUGUACAGCCUCUUUGCUGAUGAUGUUGACCUAAAGAAACUCAGGAGGAAGGAGAAAGAGAUGCAAAUGGAAAUGAGAGAAAAAAUGUCAGACUAUCAAAUUGAAAAGGUGAUCAGAGACAAUAAACGCAGCACUUUAUUUAAAAAAAAGGUGACCAAAGCAGAGGAAGAUGAAACAGAAGAUGACAGAGAGAGUACAACAAACAGCCACAGGCGUCCCUUGCAAGCAGAUUUUGACAGAACUGAUGCAGUCUUUGAUCUGUCCAGUCAACCUGCAGCCUCAGGUGCACCAAAGUCAGAGGUAGAUACUGAUAUUACCAAGUGGCUCAAUGGCCUGAAAGCAGAAAGAGAACCACCGUCAUAUUAUGAUCAGACUGAGAAAGCUAGAGAGAAAUAUAGAUCAUCCAGAGUUAGACAGAUGGAUUCUGAGACAUCCAGUUACAGAUUCUGCAGAUCCCAAAGAAAAGAGCUAGAUAGCUGUUCUUCCUAUGAGUCAACAGGAGAUUCACUGAGAACCAUGUCAAGAUUUUCCUCUGCUUCUGCAAAAGAGGACAAAAAGAUGUACAAGUUCACGAGGUCCAGGGUUAGUGAGACAAGUUCCAGAGGAAGCAGCCCAGAUCUGCAUGUUUUCAGCCAGUCACCUGAACCACCCUUUGACUCUGAAUCCCCUGAACCAUCUACACAGAGCCGAGUUAGAGCUCAUCACGUGGAGGCAUGUGAAGAGGAGGCCAGGUCAGACGUGUCAGAGUGUGGUGCGAAGAGAAAGUUCACCCAAAGCUUUUCAAAGUCUGAAGAGGAUGGAAAGAAGGAGGCAAAAGUGGAGCAAAGUGAAGAAAGGUUUGCAUCUAGGCAGGUCUCUCAGUACAGGCGAAGCACACGUAAAGAAGAGGAAGAAGAGAUGGAUGAUGAUGCCAUUAUUGCUGCUUGGAGAAGCCGACUAGAAGAAACUACAGCAAAGCUCCAGCGGAGAAGGGAAGAGUGA